AUGGGGACGUAUAUUCCCGAACCACAGUUAGCGGAUCCCUCUGAUACUCGUCUAAUCAUCUUUAUUUGCGAUGAGAUGCUACCGCCCCUUGGUUUAGGCAUUACCCUCUGCCAAGCUGCCUCUGGGAGAUACCUAGGCGAUCUAGCUUUACAGAGAAACUCGGCGCCAGUGGACAAGAUCAACUUCAUCAGAUGCUGCAAUAAGGCGCUUAGGGACGGCAUAACAGCCUGCAUCAUCAGGGUAGGGUUGAGGGCUCCUAGUAACCGGCCCAUUGAUAGUUAA